CGGACGGGCUCCGAGACUGUGGCUGGACGUUAUUCUCGGAGACCGCGGGAGAUAACGGCGGUGCCAAGACUAAAGUGAUCAGUUGUUAUUGUGGUGUGUAGUACCUAGGUGUGUACUUACCAGAAGCUUUGUAAGGUCAGUGCCAGUUGUAACAAGAUACAAUGAGUUACCCAGGCGGAAGUGGGAGUCCUUAUCCACCUCAGCAGGGUUAUCCGGGCUACCCACCCCAAGACAGACCAAGUUACCCGAUGGGUGCUGUCUAUGGAGCACCACCAGUCACCCAGCAGACUCCUGGCUACCCACCCCAAGUGCCAAACCAGACAUACUCGCAAUCGUCUGCUCCAGGUUACCCUCCGACCCAGCCAGGUUUUGCUUCUCAGCCUGGUUAUCCGAGUCAACCCGGCUAUCCGAGUCAACCCGGCUAUCCAAGCCAACCUGCCUAUCCGAGCCAACCCGGCUAUCCGAGCCAACCUGGCUAUCCGAGCCAACCCAGUUAUCCAAGUCAGCCUGGUUACCCUAGCCAGCCUGGCUAUGCUAUGCCCACAGCCACUGGCCAUCAGAGUUCCGCUCAAGCAUACCCUGGCUACCCAACAAGCCAGAGUAGCUAUCCUGCACCUGUGUCUGCUGCUAACUAUCCUGCUACUCAGGCAGCUCCCAGCCCGUACUCGUCUGCAGGCUACCCUAGCGCAGGCACGACACCUGGUGGUUAUGGUGCGCCUUAUGCACAGUCAGCCUAUGGAGCAGGAUCUGUUUACUCCAGUGCUGCCCAAGUUACUCACUCAUCAUCCUAUACAGGACAGCGUUUACGAGAUAGUCCAGGCAACGCAAGAAACAUGGCCACCAUCAGACCCUACCCAGGAUUCAAUCCCCAGGAUGAUGCCCAGGCACUCAGGAAGGCCAUGAAGGGCUUUGGCACCGAUGAGGCUGCCAUCAUUGCUGUUCUCGCAAAAAGGACUAGUGACCAGCGACAGGCGAUCUUGACAACAUACAAGCAGAUGUUUGGACGGGACCUUGUAAAGGAUCUCAAGUCGGAGCUGUCUGGGAAAUUCGAGGAUGUCAUUGUUGGGCUGAUGACUCCGCUCUAUGAAUUCCUGGCGUCUGAGCUAAAGGCUGCCAUGAAGGGUGCUGGCACCGACGAGGACUGCCUGAUUGAAAUCCUCUGCACCCGCACCAACGCUGAAAUUUCUACCAUCAAGCAAAUCUACAAGCAGAAAUAUGGCAAAGACCUUGAGAAGGCUGUGGUCAGCGAGACGUCUGGUGACUUCCAGCGUAUACUUGUCUCCAUGUUGACGUGUUCACGUCAAGAGGGAGUGCCCGUAGAUGCCAACAAAGCUGCAGAAGAUGCACAGCAACUGUACCAGGCUGGUGUGGCCAAGUGGGGCACGGAUGAGUCUACUUUCAACGCCAUCCUUGCCUCCCAGAGCUACGAUCAACUACGCCAGGUGUUCCGCGAGUAUGUGCGCUUUGCCAACCAUGACAUCAUGGAGGCCAUCAAGAAGGAGAUGUCUGGCAACUUCAGGCAAGCCCUGCUUACGAUAGUGAAAUCUGUCUACAACACAGAGCUGUACUUUGCUGAGAAACUCCACGAUGCCAUGAAGGGAGCUGGAACUGAUGACAAGACCUUGAUUCGCAUUGUUGUAAGCCGCUGUGAGACUGACUUGGCUAUCGUCAAGCAGGAGUACCAGAGAGCUUAUGGCAAGAGCCUUGAAGAUGCUAUCAAGGGUGACACCUCUGGCGAUUAUCGAAAGGUCCUGAUGGCGCUUGUCUCUGGGAACUAGACACCAAAGGGUCCUGCCACUCCCCUUGAGAGAUUGCGCGUGUGACAUCUCGACAACGCCAUGUGGCAACUUCCUUUCAUUUUCGACUGUCUACAGUCUUUCCACUCUGCCUGCAUUCUCAAUUGGUGUUGGAACUCUAGCCUAUAUUCACUCUUGGUGUUGUAAAACUGUGCUGCCGCUUAUGCUGCAUUUUAUUGUUGUAAAAAUUGUUUUUUCUCUUUAUCAUGAUUCACUCUUGUAUUAUACAGCAAGAUCUGAACACCCAUGUGUUAAAUGUUUUAGAUGAAAUCAGGACAACAUUUGUUACUUGUUGAGAGAUAGAGAUGCUUACUUAGUUCAGGCUGUCUUGAAGUUGACACACACCACUUAAAGAAGCUUUAUGGGUCUGUGUAGUUUCAGGCUCAAAGUUCAUCCUAUGAAAGUAUAUCUGAAGAUAUUUUGUAAAAUGCGAGUGCAAAAAAAAAAGGCCAGUCAUGUGAGACUGUUCAAAGCCAAACUUGGUGUAAAAUCUUUUCAUAGCAAGUUUUAAGACGUCCAUGCUAGCAUACUGCCAUAUGGGACCAUGGCCCAAGAUCAAGAAAGCGUGUCCAACUUUAGGUGCAUGAAUUUGAGAUAUGAACAUGUCUGGAAUGGUGUUAACCCAGCUGAUGUGAAGCUUUGGAUGAAGUCUUGUUGCUGUUGUUUUAUCCGCAUUUUUUAUGCAUAUACGUAGUAGUUGUUUUGUUAUAAUAGUGGAAUAGCUUUUAUGUCGUUGUUGAGCAUUCAUAGUUUACUCUUUUAUAGUUUAUCCAUGUCACAAAUGGCAUGUUGUGCUGUGGCCAAGCUUCAGCAUCCGGUGCACGAUGUGAAACCCCGGUGAACGUUUGUCUUUUGUCACAAGAAGUUUUGUGAAACGCUUGUGGCUGCUCUAGUUUUUCGAUGCAUGAGCAUUGUCUAAGCUUAACCCUAUCUUUACACUUAUUUUUUUUUGAUGACUAUCUUUGUUGACGUUUUUAUUACAGCUGUGCAAAUAUGUGUGUAUAUCGGAAACUGCAGUAUGCUCCCUUCAAAGUUCAGUUACAUGUUGUGAACUAAGCCGUUGAGGAAGAAGCUGUAGUGGACAUUUAUUGCCUACACUGCCCUUUUUACGAAAGUUUCAUAAAAAUUUUAAAAUGUUUUCAUGGAACAAAACACCAGCAACAUCAUUAUAUUUUCGAAAUCUGAAAGGUAGCUGGUUUUCCUAGCUGUUUUUUAAUGUAGUGAGUAAAACAUGAUACUGAAACAAGGCAUGAGCUUUUUGUAAUGGUAAAAUUCUGUUUUAGUACAUUAUUUAAAGGCCUAAUUAGCAUUGUUAAAUAUGUUCCAGUGUGCUGUACUUAAUCUUUUUCUGUUUUGCAUGCUGUCAAAGUGACCGUAAUAUAUUUAUUUUCUUUCAUUCUUGUCUGUAACCUGCUUUAUUGCUGUUCUUUCUUCACACCUGUGGGAAACCUGUUUGGUUGGUUGUGUCCCUUUUUUUUUUGUAUUCCAUUUGCUACCAGCUGUCUGGUGCCUUGAAAAACACGUGGCAAUCCUGCACAGCAGAUCUGCACAGCAAGAACACAGCUCAUGCAGCCUGAACAGCCCUACUUAACACUUACGUCAGGCUUUAGCACAUUGCUUUUAAUUGCAGGUGCGUGUUCGCUACAGGCACCAGAUUGUCUGGCGGCUUGCAAGCAGGCUUUGGCGUGUGAUCUUGGCAUAGCAGGUGAUAUUCGAACUCGCGAAAAUGACUUGCGCGCAAGUGUUCGAAUAGCAGUUCUAUUGUAAGGUCACUCGUAAUUGCAUAUUGCACUAACCCAAGCAGCACACUAACUUUUGGUGGGAGAGAGGACAAACAUGCGUGGCCAACAGCACUUCUGCAGGAUGUUGCCGCUUAGAUGGUUGUCGAGCGACCACUCUUUUGCCAAGUGUUUUUUUUUUAGAGGAUCCCUAAGCCACAUUACUUUCUACUUUAUUGUAAAUUUUAGUUUGGCCAAAAGUUUCUUCCUUGUUUGGUCAGUUUUCUUUUUUUUUUUUAAAUUAAACGUAAGCUUUUCACCUGUCGCAUGCUACUAUGCGACUCCACUUGUGUGGUGCUGCUUUUGCGUUUGUAGUCGACUUGUAAACACUUGGAUGCUUGCUUUGCUAAGUAACUCCUAACCUUCAGCAUUGCAUAGUGCCUUGCAAACUUCAGCUAUUUUCAAAUAUUUGCAAAAUGUAGACAUGCACAUGCCUAGGCUACCUUUACAGCCAGAACAAUUGUAUGUAGGAAUGGCAAGUAUUAGUGGGUCACAGUGGUGGUGCAGGGCUUUUGACAUUAUGCUAGGUUUUAUUCAUUUGUUUUGUUAUGAAGCUAUAUCUGGACUGCUAGGUUUUAUUUACUUGUUUUGUUACGUAGUUACAUUCUGGAUUGAGCUUUUCAGUGAAACUGAUUGGACUGGUUCAGCAUGUCAGUAUUGUGGUGCUUGGUUGACUUUUUUUUUUCAGCUUGCUUGUUCGGGACAGGUACAGCAAGAUCAAGAUAUAGGAAACUUCAGAAGUGAACAAUUGUGCUGUCCUUAAAAGUAUCCAUUGUUUUUGGGCAUUGCUAGCUCAAUGCACUGAUUAAAGGUUGUUGGGUUUACACGAUUAAAAGUACACUAACCUCUUGAAUAAACUGUUGCAUGCGUACAA